CGCGCGGUAAACUGGUUCCUGUGUGCUCGUGCUCGAGAACCCUCUGAGCACCGCAGAGCUAACGGUUACCGCCAGGUACGCAAAACUGCGGCCCUCACGAGUACUGGAUCCAAAACACAAAUAAUAGCUGCUUGUUUUUUUUUUUUUAAAGCCAUGGCGGCUGAGGCUGACAAAGUAGAGCCGGUGGAUAGCGAGCAAGACGAGGAGGAAGAUGUGUACGAAGUGGAGAGGAUCAUCGACAUGCGAGUGGAAGAGGGCGAAGUGCUCUACAGAGUCCGAUGGAAGAACUACUGCUCGGAUGAUGACACGUGGGAGCCAGAGGCCCAUCUGGAGGACUGUUGCGAGGUCCUCUUGGCUUUUAAGAAGUCCAUGGCGGAGCUCAAGGCCAAGAAAGAGGCCGAGGCCAAGAAGAGCGUGAAACCGCCGCCUACAAAGAGCGACACGGUCGAUGCCGACUCAGAGAGUGAAGGUGACAAAGACCGUCCAACCGAGUCGCCCGUCAAGAAGAAGAAGAAGAAAAAGAGCCGGGAAGGAGAAGAGGAGCCUCCUCCAAAGGAGAAGAAGAAGAAGAAGAAAGACAAACGGAAGGAGGAGUUCAGGCCUCUACCGGCACCAGAGACAGACGAGGAAGAGGAAGAGGAAGAGGAGAGAGCUCCAACUCCAACCUCUCCUCCCAAGGAGAAAAAGAGCGACUCUAAAAAGAGGCAGAUAGACUCUGAAGAGGAGGACGAAGAGCCUGUUCCCUCCAAAAAACACAAGAAGGAAAAGGGGAAAGAGGGAGGAAAGUAUAAGAAAGACAAGGCAGAGGAGGGUAGGAAAAGGAAAGGGAAGAAGGAAAGGAAGAUUGAAAGCUCUGAGGAUGAGGCCGCUCCUCCUCUGGACGACACCCUGAGCGACGUCCCGUCUGAGUCCCAAAUGGACGAUUCGGCGUCGACCGAAACUGCGGCGAAGUCGGGCGAAAAAUCCCGUUUGGAGGACAAGUCGAAACAAAAGAAAGGGAAGUGGGAGGUGAAGCUGCAGGGCAUUAAGGACCUCAUCCAAGACAAAAAGAGCAAAAAGCCCGACGCCACUCAGAAAGAAAGCAACCUCCAAAAACUGAAGAGCCUCACUUCUAAAGUCAAGGAGGACGCCGCGCCGCACUCUGACUCCAGCGAUAGCUCCACGCUGCAUAAGAAAGCCAAGAGCAAAGGACCGGAGAGCGCCGCCACGUCUGCAGCACCGCCGCCCAAAGUCCCGUCUUCCUCCACGUCCUCGACGUCCUCCACCUCCUCCGUCACAGCGACUGGCAGCACCACCAAGCCAAAGGAGGAGGAGGUGGUGGCGGCGGCGGCUAAAGAGGAGGCGCUGGGACCGAGGGAAGCGUCGGGCUCCACCAACCUGUUCGAGAAGUUCCUGUUGAACUGCGAAGCAAAAGACCGAGCGCCCCGACGGCAGCCGGCGCACCAGGCUGUCCCGGAGAAGAUCAGCAGCAAACCCACAAAGCUAACAGGAAAGAUUGAGAAGUUCUCCAAGACAACCAAAGAGUCUCCAGCUCAGAAACCAGAGCCGGAGAAGACGGAGAAGAACAAGCAAUCAGAUGCCUCCAGACCCGGCCAGAGUUACGGCUUCAGUCUGGACAGUGAGGAGAGGGAGGCGGAGCCGAAGCCCGGGGAGGAUUCCCGGGAGCGGAAGGAGAGACCGGAGGAGACGCAGCGGACCGGCUGGGAGAGGAAGAGCUCGACGGAGGAGAGGAGGAAGAGGAGAGAGGACAGUGAGCCCAGACUCUUCAUGGCGUGUGACGACAAUCAGGACACCCAGGAUCCACCAGGGGGCGCUGACAAGUGUGACAAGGGCCAGGCCACCUUGAGUCUGGGAAUGGACCUCAACCUGGACUGGAUGACUCUGGACGACUUCCAGAAACACCUGAACGGGGAGGAUGAGAUCCUGUCGGGUCCGCCGCUGUCGCCCAGUGAGCUGCGGGAUGCUGUGAAAAGUGGAGAUUAUAUGGCUGUAAAAUUGGCACUUAAUUCCAAAGAGGACUACAAUCUGGACCAAGAGGCUUGUACUAUUGGUGAGACGAGGUCAUUUGAAGGAGAGAGGAGCUUGAUUGAAGAGAGAAGUUCGAGUAAUGGUCUUAGGUUGACUUCUAACCUUGACAGUGCCAGAAAUGACGAGGGUACUCCGAGAGUAAAAGAGAAUAUCCCACAAGAUUUGGAUGGUCCUAAAGAUGGCGAAAAAAUGCCAAGCUGCCCUGCCAGUAUAAACACUGAGCAAGUGACAGUGAGGGAACAUGAAAAGAUCCAAAAAGGUGGAAAGGAUAUAACUGAAUCCCAAAACGCUGCUUGUGAUUCAGCUACUGAGCAGGAUGAUCAAGGAAAGGAAGACCAGAAGCAAGCACAGGAAGACGAGAUGUCAGACGACACAAAUCGUGGUUUAUCAAGUAAAAUUAACUUUAGUCGUUCGAAUUUCACCAGAAAUGCAGGAAGGAUGCUGACGAGAGCCAAUGGCAAAACGCAGCAAAAGGGCGUAGCUAACAAACAAUGGUCCCACCAGGAAGCAAAUGACUCAAGUGAUGAGGCGGAGGAUGGGUUGGAAGGUCAGUCAGAUGGUACGGAUCAAGUUCUGUCUGAGUCGAGCACUAAGGAGAUCCCUAAAACACGAUUGCGGCAGCGCAAGAAAACUGAGGAGAGGAAAGAACCAACACGAUCCAGUUCAAGGACCUGUAAGAAAGUGCUUGAGACGGCACCCAGCAAAGCGGACGAUGAGAAAAAAGAGCCCUGUAAAAAACACUUCUGUUUAUAUUGCAAAAUGGCUUAUACUCAAAUUGCCAAGCAUUUGGAAAGGAAACAUGCAGAGGAAACUGAUGUUGCCCAUGCAAUACACUUCCCCAAAGGUUCCAAAGUCAGACAGACUUUGCUCGACCAAAUUCGCAAUAAAGGAGAUUAUGAACAUAAUUGCCAAGUUCUCAAAAGUGGCGAGGGGGAAAUUGUGACCAAGAAACAGGUUAAGAAUUCCAGCGUAUCUGUUCGUGACUUCCUGCCUUGCCAGCACUGCUUCGCUUUUUAUCGCAAAACUGACUUAUGGAGACAUGAGAGGUCAUGUAAGGCCAGAAAAGGAGAUCCGAAAUCUUCCGAAAGAAAAAAAAGAGUCCACAGUGCUGCCUCCCGGCUGCUUCCAAUGUCAGAGUUCCUAACCGGAGGCUGCGAGGAAAUCAUCCACAUCAUGCAUCAAGAUGACGUCUCCCGGCAUAUCAGAAAUGACCCACUUAUUUGUAAAUAUGGCAAUGCGUUGUCUGCUAAGUAUUACCAUGACAAGUCUCAGUUUGCUUAUAUCGCACAAAAGAUGAGGGAACUGGGUCGAUUUGUGGUCGCUGUAAAUGAGCUUGACAAGAGCGUGAAGUACCUGCAUGAAAUAUGUCUACCAUCCAGAUUUGAAUUAGCCGUUGAAGGGGCCAAAAAAGCUAGUGGCUUUGACCCCAGUUCCAGUAAGUUUAAAACCGCUUCCCUCGUCUCAAAGAUCGGCUACUCUUUGAAGCGAGCUGCUGAAAUAGCUUUCGGGGAAAGUCGCAUGACAGAGGACAGUGAAACUGAGAGUGAAGUGAAAAAGUUCAUACAACUUCUUGAUACAAAAUGGAACCAGUGUUUUUCUCGCAAAGCUCUCGCAUUAUCGCUAAAGCAAGAAGUCAAGAAAGUGGAAGUGGACAAAUCAACUGUGACAGAAGAUUUGAUCAAACUCCACAGGUUUAUCACGGGGGAAGAAGAGGAAGCCAGGAAGGAGUUGAAAGAAAGUCCUAAUUUGUCAACGUGGAAAAAGCUCAGUGAGGCCACUCUGGCAGAUGUGUGUCUGUUUAACAGAGGAAGGGUAGGAAAUAUUGGUAGAAUGCUCUUGAAAACUUACAUUAGCAAGAAGAGUAGGGGAACUUUUGUGCCCUCAGCAGAUCAAGUAAGGAAAAGCACAAAAUUGGAGCUGGACCUUGGUAGCAGUUUUACCAGUUUAGAACUAGAGGGUCAGUAUGGGAGGAACAUGCUGGUCCUGCUAACGGAAAGGAUGGUUUUGUCAAUCGACUUGCUCAUUGAAAAUCGAGAACAAGCUAGUGUGUCAAAAUCGAACCCCUACCUGUUUGCACGGACUGAAGGUCCAUCCUUCAUCAGAGGAUUGGACUGUUUCCGAAGGUGCGCAAUGGAAUGUGGAGUUAAAAACCCAGAAGCACUUCUGUCCUCAUCGUUAAGAGAGCAAAUCGCCAGCUGCUGGCAGCUCAUGAGCCUCAGUGAAGUCGAAGUGGAUCAAGUGGCCAAGUUGUUGGGAAGGAGCAGCGAGGAAUGUUACAGGCUCUUAAAGAAUGCGUCACAGCUGGAGGAAGUGAGCAAACAACUUCUCAAGAUGGAUCGAACGCUGCCAUCAAGUCCACCCAGUACUGCAAGAGAUGGAACUGUUCAGAAGCCCGCUUUAAAGAGGAGACCUUGGAAUGAGAGGGAGCAGGUGGCAGUGAAGCGUUACUUGUGUGAAUUUAUCACAGGGAUGAAGGUUCCAGGCAAAAAGGAGUGCAAUGCUUGCAUAGCUGCUGAACCAGAUCUUGGUGGAAGAUCUUGGACAGAUGUCAAAAACUACGUACACAACACACUACAAACAAUGCGGAGGAGAAAUAACCAUCACAAGUCUGAAGGGAAUGUAAACGAGAAUCCAAAGAGUCCAAAAGAUGGCAUCUUAACUAUGGAGAAAGAUUUGGAAGACUCGUCAGUUGUCUGUAAUUUGACAACUGUGAAUCCAGAUCACCUGAGAGAAAGUCCAACUUGUUGUAUGACAAUGGCUCCAACCAACUACGUCCAAGAGAUGACUUCAACUUAUGCAACCUUGUGUUCUACUAGUGUAAACAUGAUCCAUGCAAGUCAACCGUUGAUUUCUACUUUUACGCCUUUGAAUGCUACUGACACUCAAGUGGUCCCUACAUUUACUCCACACAACACCACAAAUGCACUAAUGACUCCUCCAUACACAUCAGACAACAACCUAAUCAUGCCAUUGUCGUCUUAUUCACAGAAUGCCACAAGUAUGGCACCAUCUUCUGUGUAUACACCGCAGGACACUAUGGGUACACCAUUGAUUCCUAAUUUUACCACCUUUACUGCUCCAAGCACCUCAAUGGUUCCUACUUUCACGACGUUGAAUAAUAGCGCGCCGAUGAUUCCUGCAUACUCGCCACUUAACGAAAGGAGUAGGCCAAUCGUUUCUUCCUUCACACCUCUGAACCAUUCGAUUGCACCGGUUUACCCAACAGGCCUGCCUCCCACAACCGCACAGGUUGUUCCAACAAUCCAUAGACCAAGUGUUCCUGACAGAACACCAGUUGCACAGGAAAGUAUGUCUGCUGCGGGAAAACAAGUCGGUCCAGCUGUCAAGCCUCAAAAGAGAAACAAGCGGUUGUGGAGCAAGGAGGAACAGGCUGCCGUGAGGCGUCAGCUCGGGGACUUCUGUAAACUGGUCAAAGUGCCAGGCAAAAAGGAUUGCGAUGCAUGUUUAGCUGCUGAACCUGCCUUGAACAGCAGAACGUGGAGGGAAGUCAAAUAUUUUGUACAUAACACGAUUCAGUCAAUGAAAAGAAGAGGGCAUGUUGUCGCCUCCAAACAGAGUGAAGUACAGGAACCAGAGAUUCAUAAUAUUCAAACCACCGAGUGGGAUGGUCCCGUUUAUCUGUCCCUGUAAAUAUUUGAAAUGGACUUCCAAAAGAAACAAAAAAAAAAAACAAUAAGUGAUCAGUGAGAUGUUAAAGAGGUAUGCCAGGGCUUUAAUCUCACAUUAUAUGGGGUUUAAUUGUCAGCAGAUGUGAAUUGUUGUGAAAUGUACUGUCAGUGAACCUUGGUCUCAGUAGCCCAAUGGAUCUUGACAACAAUUACAAACUGCCAUGCCCUUCUUUUAGUCACACUUUUUAGAAACGCUUCCUGAAGUAUUCAGAAUCAAGUCCACCAGACCAAGCUACUGGUGUGUACUGUUGCAUGAAUAAACACUAAAACGGAUGGAACUGAGGACAUUUGUACUGUAGCUUUUGCUCAGAAAAAAGGCUGAUAUUAAUGUUUUAAUAUGGUUAGAUUGCAUAGAAACGUAUGUGACGCACUCAAAUAUGUAAUAUGUUUGUCGGAUCAUCGCAGGUGAUCUCUAGAAAGUGCUCUAAUUGAGGCGUGCGAUCAUUUAGUCAAUGUGAAUCUCAUUUCUGCCCGGAUUUGCGUCACCAGUCAUCGGCUGUGGCACCCAAACACGCUUUCACAAUACUUGUGAAAAUGGUGAAAGCGAUGGCUGAAAUUGUUUGGGGCCAUCGUGACCGGGACAUUUCCCACAAUGCACUGAGCAAAGGUAGCCUCGGUGACCGUACAUUUCCAGAGGGAUUUUUACUCAUCUCUACUUCAAACAUCUAUCUUUCUGCCUGUACUGUUUUCAGUAGUGUUUUUAUCAAUUUUGAUGAUCAAAAAAAAAAAUGAAAUUGAAAAACCUACCAGCAAAUCUUUGCAUCCAGUCCCUCCACCAUGAUAGAUAUGCGUUGACUUGAUUCCCAAAAUGCCCGGCUCAAGUGUACUGUAUUCUUGCUUUAGCCAGUAGCCUUUAUUGUAGAAGGCCCUGAUAGCCUGCAGCGGUAACGGCAUACCUUCCUUGAUGAUGUUAGAUGAUUAGGAGCUCUGUGUGUAUACCUCUCACUUAAAUAUGAAAAACAUAUUUCUUUCUCUGAGAAUCCUGUUGAUAAAUGUUUAUCUUCACUUAUGUAUUUUAUUUUUUUGUCAUGCGUAUUAACAAGCUGCCAAAAGGUUUGGUAUCACUAUACAGAAACUGUAGAACAUUUUAGUACUUUAUCGUUUUCGAUAUAGUUGAGGUUAAUACACUACAUUGGUCCCAUUUGUAUUACUUUGUUUUAAGCUUUUAUAAUCUGGACGUUUGUGACAUUAAUAUCCAGUUUUUGCCAAGAUCCGAUCGCCUUAUGUUGAUUAUUUGCUUGAUAUUUCUUUCCUGAUCACGUCUAACUCGCAGCAUAGUAAGUGUAGUUUUCGUUUUGAAGAAGGGAAGUUAUUACAAAAGUUGAUAAAUGACCAGAAUUAAAAUCAAAAUUAAAAUGACACCCCUGUACAUGUUUAGAUAUAAAGGAAGGGUACAGUGUGUUGACAUCUUGAGUGCUUCAGACAUUAGAAUAAUCUUAACAUCAAGUCUCUCCUGCAGUGGAAUUAACAUGCCGACUGUUAUCUUGAUGGCCCACUGGCAGAUGCUUUUCAAUAUGUACACAUUCACAAGACAAAACAAGAAAGCUACUUCACCUGAGGUUACAUGUAAAAUAUGUUUUUAUUUUGAUGUAUCAUGUUCAAGCAAAGGCUUGGAUGACACUGUCCCUGAGACAAUCCUUUAAAAACAGGCACAACCGGAGCAGAUUUUACCAAUUUCACAAGUUGUAAAACAAUGUACCUGCACACCGCAGUAAUACUUGUUUCUGCAUCCGCUUCAUCAACAGUUCGCAUCACAAGCGCAUACCAUAUCGGAGUACAUUUUAAUUUCUGGCCGAUGUAGAUAUUUCAUUUUAAAACCUUUUAUAUGCCGACGAUGUGCCGAUAUCAUCAUGCAUCCCCAGAUCACGCCGCAUCAUCACCUUUCACUGAAAAUGCAGUUUAGUUGUUAGAGCAAAGAUAAAUUGUACUUUUGUUUCUGUAACAUACAAACCUUGUUGAAGGUAUUUUUUUAAACAGGAUGUUGAACACAGGUUCAACCUGAAUUUCCUGUUGAACCAACAGCAGACUGCUGGGUCGUCACAUUUCGGUUUCACACUGGAUAUUCAGUGAGCUGUGUGGAUCCGUUGUUUGGAAGACUCCGUAUAUGUCUCUGUUUUUAUGAUUCAAAGGUCCAGAUAGCACUACUGCUGUUAAAAUAUUUGUUUUGUUAUCCUCUGUA